CAAAAUUACUUUAGUCAGAGAGAAGAAAGAAACUGACCGGCGUUUCUCAUUGUCCUGCGCAGCCUUUUUCCUUUUCUCUCAAGACGACCACCACCACGAGGAUCAUCAUCCUUUUCUUCUUCUUCCUUCAUCAUCCAUAAUAAUUAAAAGCCUCCUUCUCCUUUUCUUUUCAAUGGACUAAAUUAUUUUUUCUCUUUCCUCCUUUGAUGCCAUCCCCUUUUUUUUUCUUCUUCUAAUUGCUUUUUGCGUAGUGAGUUUAGUUAUGGCCAAGAAUGAAGAAGGAACUAGUAGUCCGAGCUGGGGAGCUUCUUUUUUCAUGCCAACAUCAGAAGAUGUUGCGACCGCUUUUGCUGCUGCCGCCUCUGCCAUAAACCCUCCAAGGCCUUCUGUUGUCUUUUCUUCCAAAGAUGAAAGCGGUGAUAGCCCUCUCGAGAGACUGCAGAGACAGGUCUCCAAAGCGGUUAGAAACUUUUAUGAAACUCCUAAAACGAAAAGUACAGUGUACAAUCCUGAGGUUUUGACCAGCCAGAAGCGUCAGUGGGCGAAAUAUCAUGUCCAAUAUUUGGAUCAUAAACCAUUAAAGGAUCCCUCAAGGCUUUUUGAAAGUGUUGUCGUGGUUGGACUUCAUCCUAAUUGUGAUAUUCAAGCACUUGAAAGCCAGUACAUUGCACGUAAAUCCGAAAGCUCUACCGGUAGAUUUCGAAGUGCACUUCAAGCCUCUCAAAAUCAUUCCCGUGUAGAACCCACUCUCGAACCUCAGGUCUUACUGGUGUACCCUCCGGACAAGGAACCUCCAAUUAAAUAUAAGGAUCUUAAUUCAUUCUGCUUCCCUGGAGGCAUUGAGGUCCAUGCUGUUGAGAGAACCCCUUCCAUGAGCGAGUUGAAUGAGAUCAUUCUCAGUCAGGAACAUCUUAGGCCUAGUGACCUUUCAUUUGUAUUUAGGUUACAGGUUGCUGAUAAUUCGACUCUAUAUGGAUGUUGCAUACUAGUGGAAGAAAUAGUGAACAAACCGUCCAGAUUGCUUUCCACGGUUUUGGACGAACAACCUGCUUGCUCAUCAUUAAGUCGCUAUGUUAUGACAACUCGCAGAUGCUAUUGCAUCCUUACCAGGCUGCCAUUUUUUGAAUUGCAUUUCGGUGUAUUAAAUAGCAUCUUCUUGGAAGAAAGACUGGAGCAUUUGAUGAGUGGCAUUAGUUGUGCAUCUUUAGAACCCCCAACAGAUGUCAACUUUGGAGAAGAAAGCUUAAAUGACUUAACACUCAGACAAAGAGACACAAAAGAACAAUCCGGUGAAGCUGAAGAAAUUUCAGAUAAUGGGACCUGUGAUGAGACUCGGAAACUUGAGAUAGUUGCAGAAAGGAUGGGGAUGUGUUUUCCAGAAAGUAACAACCACGUGGCCGAUGCAGAUGAUUCCUCGCCAAUUAUCAAGCAAGACCGAGAAAGCUGCCUAUCAAAUCCAGGACCUAUUCGUCGAUGCGCUUAUUUUGAUGAGGCUGCGCCUUGCGAGAUGAGGCAUUUUAGGACCAAUGCAAAUGACACAGAGACAAAUGAAGCAUCCUUUUCUGGUCAAAAAGAUGCAAGCAGUAAUCUUGAUAUCCUUGAGUGGGCAAAGUCCAAAAAGAAUGGGUCGUUGCAGAUUCUAUGUGAGUAUUACCAAUCAAAAUGCCCUGGAAGAGGCUCAACUAUUACAUUUCAUCCUUUGGAGCAUCUUCAUCCAGUCAAAUAUUAUAGACCCGACGAAGCAACUUUGCAUACUCCCGGAUCAGCAAUUGACCUAAGAUCCUGCAGCACUAGUCUGGAAUUCGCAGAGGCACACACUGCGCUCAUGGCUGAGGAAGAAGCAGCUACACUAUCAACAUGGGCUGUCGCUUCCCUAUGUGGAUCACUGCGGCUUGACAACGUUUUGCUUAUCUUAGCAGGAGCACUGCUGGAGAAACAGAUUGUAUUUGUUUGCUCCAACUUGGGAACCUUAGCUGCAUCAGUUCUAUCGAUUAUCCCUAUAAUCCGUCCCUUUCGGUGGCAGAGCCUUUUAAUGCCGGUUUUGCCAGAUGAAAUGCUGGAGUUUUUGGAUGCUCCAGUUCCUUAUAUUGUUGGGGUAAAGAACAAAACAAGCGAAGUUCAGUCGAAACUAACAAAUGUUAUCGUCGUGGAUGUUAUUAAGAACCAGGUUAAGUCACCAAGUGUUCCUCAGCUGCCUCAGUAUCGUGACUUAUAUAAUGCGCUGAGUCCUUAUCACUCGAAGCUCGUUGGAGAGAGCUAUCUCGCAAAGAAAAGACCAGUAUAUGAAUGUACUGAUGUGCAGGUGGAAGCUGCAAAAGGCUUCCUGGAUGUCCUAAGGUUGUACCUGGAUUCACUUUGCUCUAAUCUGCAGUCUCACACUAUAACAAAUGUGCAAUCCAACAAUGAUAAGGUAUCACUUCUUCUAAAGGAAAGUUUCAUUGACUCGUUUCCUACUCGUCAUCGCCCGUUCAUGAAGCUAUUCUUGGAUACACAACUCUUCUCUGUACAUACAGAUCUUGUUCUUUCCUUUAUCCAGAAGCUAUAAGAAUCUCUACAUGUAUAAUUAAAAGCAUGUCUUGUUGGUGAGAUAAGUGCCAUCAAUUCUGUGUUAUUUGUAACUUGUUUGACAAGUGUAUAUGGGAGAAAAGACUUCCCUAUACGAGGAUUUGACUCUUAAUAGUAAACAAAAGUUUUAUUUGUGCUACUAUGUGUUUUCACGGGAGUUAUUAAUAUGUGUCUGA